UAUACCCUUGCACGCCUGAUUCGUGCCACACCUCCACACGCGCGCGCGUGCGUGCGAAGAUCCUCCUCCUCGCAUGCUCGCACGUUUGAGAAUCAAUCUCUCUCUCUUUCUCGCCGGACCAGUGAAUCGCCGUGGACUGUCGAACCCAUGUUCCUUGACUCUUCUCCGGUCGGAACCUGCCUGAUUCACGGCAAAUCGAUUCUGAAGUACCUUGCCUUUCGCUGGAAAGGUUUCGUCAUUUCCGCCAGAAAAUUUUCAGGUUUUAUUUCAGAUUUAGUUGGUUUCAGGCUUUGGAGACAUGCGUGCCUUCUGCUGGUGCUGGUAGAGCUUGUGCGAUGAAAAUCAAACGUGACGUACUUAAGUGUACUUUUUCCUGCCAGCUUUGUAGAGAAGUCCAAGCGCAUAGUGGCAGUGGUACCAUAUGGAACACGUUAUCUGGACAAUAAUUGUUGCUAGAUUGAGAAAUAGUGGAAUUCCAAUAAAUUAUUUUGAGACAACGUGAUUAUGGCAACAAAUAUGCAAAAAAUGAUAGGCACGAGUGAGGAAGAUGAUGAUGAAGAUGUGGAGAUGGAUGUAAAAGAGGAGGAUGGUGAAGAAGAUGAUGGGGAGAGGCGGAUUCGUACUUAAUUAAUAGUUGGGGAUGAUGGAGGAAUGGUGUCGAGUGGUAGCAACAACAACCAGUUUGAACAGCACCAUGUGCAAGAACAAUUAGGCACCCCUGGGGGUGGCCGUAGGUGUCGACUGCUGGAAGAGAAAGAGAGAACGAAACUGAGAGAGCGGCAUCGAAGGGCAAUCACUGCCAGGAUCUUGGCAGGUCUUGGGCGGCAUGGUAAUUAUAAUCUUAGAGUUAGGGCAGAUAUCAAUGAUGUGAUUGCAGCUCUGGCUACAGAAGCUGGUUGGGUAGUUCUUCCAGAUGGAACCACAUUUCCUUCAAGAUCUCAGGUCCCUAAACCUGCUAAUGGAGAUUCUGCUGCAGUAGCUUCAUCUUCUUCCCAUAUGGCCUCUCGACAAACUCCACCAAGCUCCACUAGGGGAGUCGGUUGUGGCUCUAAGAGCUUGCCGGAAUACAAUGCAUGUCGGAUGAAAGGUGUUUUCAUGCCUAAUUCACCACCGUAUAAUGCUUCCCCAAAUGCUAGAUGUCAAAGUUCAUCCCUGGUGGGAGAUGCUGGAGAACAGUCAGCUAGUCAUCCUCUCAUCAGUAGUUCAGUUGAUGUUGUAGAUGGAAUGCAGAUUGUUGAAAUGACACCAAAAUUACCCGAACGUGACUUUGCUGGGAGUACUUACAUUCCAGUUUAUGUGAUGCUACCGUUGGGUGUCAUUAAUAUGAAGUGUGAGCUAGUUGAUCCAGAUGGGUUGCUAAAGCAGCUAAGGGUGCUGAAAUCAGUAAAUGUCGAUGGUGUCAUGGUUGAUUGUUGGUGGGGGUUAGUUGAAGCUCAUUCUCCGCAGGAAUAUAAUUGGAAUGGCUACAGGAGACUUUUUCAGAUGGUGCAUGUUAAGCUCAAAUUACAGGUUGUGCUAUCAUUUCAUGAAUGUGGAGACAAUGUUGGUGAUGAUGUUUGUAUUCCGCUACCUCAUUGGGUAGCUGAAAUUGGUCGGAGUAAUCCUGACAUAUUCUUUACUGAUAGGGAGGGAAGACGCAAUCCUGAAUGUCUCUCAUGGGGAGUCGAUAAGGAGCGAGUGUUAAAAGGCCGUACAGGUCUUGAGGUUUAUUUUGACUACAUGAGAAGCUUUCGUGUUGAAUUUAAUGAUUUCUUCGAAGAUGGUGUCAUCACGACAAUUGAAGUCGGUUUGGGACCAUGUGGAGAGCUUAGAUUUCCAUCCUGUCCUGUUAAGCAUGGCUGGAGAUAUCCCGGCAUUGGUGAAUUCCAGUGUUAUGAUCAGUAUUUGUUGAAAUAUUUGAGGAAAGCAGCAGAAGCAAGGGGACACUCCUUCUGGGCCAGAGGGCCAGAUAAUGCUGGUUCCUAUAGCUCUCGGCCACAUGAAACAGGUUUCUUUUGUGAUGGUGAUGAUUAUGAUGGCUACUACGGUCGAUUCUUCCUUAAUUGGUACUCCCAAGUUUUAGUAGAUCACGGUGAUCUAGUACUUUAUCUGGCAAAGUUAGCCUUUGAAGGAACCCACAUUGUUGCCAAGCUCUCAGGUAUUCACUGGUGGUACAAGACAGCAAGUCAUGCGGCUGAAUUGACUGCUGGGUUCUAUAACCCUUGCAAUCGUGAUGGCUAUGCUGCAAUUAUGGCAAUGCUGAAGAAACAUUCUGCUUCUUUGAACUUCACUUCUGCUGGAUUUCACAUGUUAGAUCAGCAAGAAAACAUUGCAAAUACGUUGUCUGAUCCCGAGGCAGUAGUCUGGCAAGUGACGUAUGCUGCACGGGACGUUGGUGUAGAAGUUGUAAGUGAGAACGCUCUUCCUUUCCUCGACAGAGUAGGUUAUAACAAGAUAUUGGAUAAUGCCAAACCCCUGGACGAUCCAGAUGGGAGAUAUUUGUCAUCCUUUAUCUAUAACUGGCUCAGUCCACUUCUCUUGGAUAGACAUAACCUUGUGGAGUUUGAACGAUUUGUCAAGAAAAUGCACGGAGAAUCUGUUCAUGAUCUCAAGGUUUAGCCAGCAAGAAGAUUUACAAUUAAUCUCUCCACAAAUAUUGGAAGUUGUCAACACAUUGCAGAUCAGGGUAAUCGAUGUUAUUUGUUGCAAUGAUUAAACAGCACUUGUAAAUGGUGUUUUAUGCAUUACUAAUGAUAAAUCACCCUUUUACAAUGGAUGCAAGAGGCCAUUUUCUUGGACAUGUCAAGAAUAUUCUCAACAUCUUAUUCACUAUUAUAAAAUAAUAAAUGAUAACAAUCCAUUUAACCA